UAUGCGAGUAAAUGACACAGACUGUAUUAAAUGAUUUUAUACCUUCACAUUACAUUGUGAAUUGGUCACCGGUCGUACUCAAAUAAAGUUUGUUGAAAAAUCCCUUCUAACGAUAGUCCUUCCUGUUUGCAAAGAUGGAGGCAGAGGGAGUGUUGGUCCCGCUGUCACUGUCUGCUGAGUUUGAGGGGUCUUUUGCCUAUCUGACUGUGAGAGACAGACUCCCAACCAUACUCACAAAAGUGAUAGACACGUUACACCGCAAUAAAGACAAUUUCUUCAAAGAGUAUGGAAAGGAUGGGAUCCAGGCCGAGAAGACGGCCAUUUCCUUCCUGUCCAAACUGAGGAAUGAACUGCAGACAGACAAACCUGUGCUGUCUCUGACUGAUAAUGCGGAGGACUCCGAGGCCUGGAAUGAAUACAUGCGAAGACAGCAGGACCUGAUGGAAGACGGGAAGCUUGUCAGCUGGUUCAAGUCACCAUGGCUCUAUGUGGAGUGUUACAUGUACCGGAGGAUCCAAGAGGCUCUGUAUAUGAACCCACCGAUGGAUAAGUUUGACGUGUUUAAGGGACAAAAGACGCAAAGCUUCUUUGAAUCUCAACAAGCCAUUAAACUCCUCUGUACAUACCUUCAGGACCUCAUCACUAACAUGGAGAACUUGACUGAGAUUCAGCUGCGAGACAACUUUCUCAAGUUACUCCAGGUCUCUCUGUGGGGAAACAAGUGUGAUCUGUCCAUCUCUGCCGGCCAGGACAACUCUCAAAAGUCCAGUCCCAUCGAUUCUCUUCCUGAUCUCCAGCGCUUCAUCCUAGUGGAUGACUCCAGCAUGGUUUGGUCAACGCUGGUUGCUGCUCAAGGAGUCGGAUCCUCUGGGAUGAAGCAUGCCAGAGUGGACAUUAUUUUAGACAAUGCUGGUUUUGAGCUCAUUAGCGAUCUAGUCCUUGCUGACUUUCUUGUCUCUGCCGGACUAGCCAAGCAAAUCCGAUUUCAUGGCAAGUCCAUCCCGUGGUUCGUCUCAGACGUCACCAAACAAGACUUUGAGUGGACCAUCAUGCAGACCAUUGCAGCCAAUCACAAGUGGAUGUCAGCCAGCGGUGUCCAAUGGAAGCAUUUCAUGAAGGAGGGUACAUGGUCCUACCAUGACCACUUUUUUUGGACCUUGCCCCAUGAGUUCUGUGACAUGGCGGUGGAUGCGGCUGAUCUCUACAGCACUCUUCAGGGCUCGGAUCUGAUUCUCUUCAAAGGAGACCUAAACUACAGGAAGCUUACUGGAGAUAGGAAAUGGGAGCACACGGUUCCAUUUGAUCAAGCACUGAGGGGGUUCCAGCCUGCCCCUCUCUGCAGUCUCAGGACACUGAAGGCUGAUGUUCAGGUGGGCUUACAGCCAGGCCAGGCCGAGAAGCUCAGCUCUCAGGAUCCAGACUGGAUGACUAAUGGCAGAUAUGCAGUGGUACAGUUUUCCAGUCCAUGCAGAGAACCAUAGGGUCCUCACUAAAGAGGAAAUUGCUGAGAAGAAAGAGAUGGAAUAAAAUGCACUGAAGAUGCUGGUUUAGUUAGCAGUAUGCCAAACCAAUGUGGUGGUGUUUUAUCUUUGCUUGUACUCGAAUCAUGUUAUUAGUCCUACCGAUUCUGCAUAUCCAACACUGAAAUUAAUCUUAACCUAAGUAAUGUCUUUUGAUUUGAUCAUAGUAUAAGAUGUUCUGUUUGCACUGCUGAUCUGUAUUGUGUAGAAGUACAGUUACUGAAAAAUACAGAUGUAAACAUGGGGAAAAAAACAAACAAACUAAAAAAUCAUAAGAAUCCGUACAUGUGUUGUUUGGUAUGAAACAGUAAAUAAAUAAAAAAAGAUACUGAACCUGAAUUUUAACUUCUAGUUAGAUGCUAUUGACCAAGUAUUCUAAUUUAUGGUCUUAGCAUGGAGUGCAAAAUUGAAAAUGACCAAUUCAUGAAAACUAUUUAAUAAAACAAUUCUGCAGUAGUAGUGUGAUGGCAACGUGGCAUGUAUGAGGGACUAGAACAACAAAGCACAAAUUCACAAUGAUUUAAUAUCGGCAUAAUGUUCUGCUUUCUGGCUGAUAAAACAAUACCGGCCAUAUCUCAGAGAGUUAUUGUUGUUUACAGUUUGGAUUGACUAGCACUUUUAAAGCAAGCUUACCAGGUUUUCCAGUGUUUGUUGGGAUGCAAAUUGCACCGUGAUUCUUUCUUUUAGUUUAUUUCUGAGCAAGCUGGAAACAGAUGCUAGCAGGGUACCGUGUUUAUGUACCCACACUUGUUAAAAUGAUAACUGUUCUGAAAAUGGAAUGCCACUGAAUAAAGUUUAGGAAAAAAAACUA